CGACUUGGUGAUUGGUUCCGCCCAGGCGCGAAAUGUAACGCGGGAAAGUCUUAGAUUCGGUGGCGGCGGCGGCGGUCAGGGUUGCGGCCGCUGCUGGGUGACAAGCCGCGUGUGGGAAGAGGCCGCGGCUGCUUCGGGGUUGGCGGCGUCCCUGAGGGGGAAAAGCUCUGCCUGCUUUCCGGCCAUGCGCCCCUGAGGCGUCCCCUGAGGGCACCGAAGAAGAGCCGAGGGCGGCGGCGGCGGAGCACAGCGUGCGAGAGGGCGACUCCCGGCGCAGGAUGUCGGAGCGGCCGGGCCUCCCCGCGCCCGUCCUCCUGUGCCCGGGCGACUCCCCGAAGCGCGUCCUGGUCUCGGUCAUCAAGACCACCCCCGUCAAGCCGCCCCGCGGAGCCGACGGCCGCGCGCCCCCGCCGCCGCCCAUCCCCACCAGCCCGGGCUUCAGCGACUUCAUGGUCUACCCGUGGCGCUGGGGGGAGAACGCGCACAACGUCACCCUCAGCCCCCCGCCGGCACGCCGCAGCCUCUCCGCGAUGGCGGAGGAGGAGGGAGGAGGAGGAGCAGGCGGCGGCGGCGUCCGUGGAGCCGCGGGGCGCUCGGGCGGAGAGGACGAGGAGGCGGGCAGCCCGGACAGCGGCAUCGGGGGCGGCGGGCACUUGAGGGAUGGGACUAGAAGAGGUCGACCAAGAGCAGACACCGUCCGAGAUCUAAUAAGCGAGGGAGAGCACUCUUCAAGCAGGAUUCGUUGUAGUGUUUGCAACAGGGUAUUCCCACGAGAAAAGUCCUUACAGGCCCACAAAAGAACUCACACUGGUGAAAGGCCUUAUUUGUGUGACUACCCAGAGUGUGGGAAAGCUUUUGUUCAGAGUGGGCAACUUAAAACGCACCAACGUCUCCAUACAGGGGAAAAACCUUUUGUGUGCGCUGAAAAUGGAUGCGUAAGCAGAUUCACGCAUGCAAACCGUCAUUGUCCCAAACAUCCAUAUGCAAAGCUGAGGAGAGAAGAACCAACAGACAGACUGAAUAAAAAACAAACUGCAGAGAACAAAGCUGUUGCUGAAUGGCUGGCAAAGUACUGGGAGAUGAGAGAACAGCGCACUCCUACGUUGAAAAGCAAAACUACUCAUAAGCCUGACCAGGAGCAGCAGGAUCCCAUGGAAUAUCUUCAGUCUGAAGAUGAGGAGGAGGAAAAAAAUAUUGCCCAUUCAGUUUCCUGUAGCCGCCUCCAAGAACAGCGCGAACGCUUGCAUGGAGCACUGGCACUAAUUGAGCUUGCCAACUUGGCUGGGGCACCAUUACGACAGUAAUGGACGAACUGGACCUGCUGAUAAAAAGUACUGCAUUUGGUACUUAAAACCAGUUAGCUCCUGGGCAUAAGCUAAGCACCUUAUUUGCUUCUAUAGGCUGCUAUUCUGUAGAAUUUAUGAAGAAUGUUGUUGCCCCAGAAAAUGGGGUAAGAGAAUUGCACUUUUUUUUUUGUAUGAGAAAGUCAGAUGUAAAGCUUUUUAAAGUAUUUUGUAAAUAGGAGACUGUAUAAUGCAGAGUGGGAAAUGCUCAUGUUAUGGAAAGCUAGAUUUGCAAAGUUAGGGCUUUGCUCUUAAUCACAAUUAUGUGGAAGUAAGUCACUGCAAUCAGUGGGGCUUGCCUCUAUGUAAAAGUGUGUAAAGUCAGAAUUCCUGUCAUUCUUUGAUAAAGUUUUCACAGGAAGCACUUUCUGAACUCAUUAGAUUAGAAUAAUGGUACGUACGUUCAAAGAAAAUAGUUGAAACAUUUUUUUAAAAAAAUUGGAUGUAAACAGUGAUGCAACCAUGGUUUUUCAAACAUCAAUAUUUUACCUAGCAUUGCUCGCUAGAAUGCUAGAAAUAGCUGUUGUAACCUUGUAGCAGCAUAGAAUAACUGGGUAGUAUGUCGUUCAGAAUCUUCACUGUGACUACUGACAUGGAGACUGACUUUCCUUUUAGUAGGCUGAGGUCUUGGCGGUCUCUUGGUUGAGUAGCACUUCUUGUUCCCAACAGAAUAUUGGGAGCAUUUGCACAUUGUUGGACUCACCUAUACAUCUUGCAAAUUCUAGGCAUCAUGGUAACAUUCCAUCAAUUGAGGAUUUCUUUCAGAUUUAGACCCUAGAGCAAUGGGGUUUGUUUUUGGUAAUGGGGAUAUUUACAGGGUAGCAUUGGUUUUAGUAAAAGACAGCAAACACUAAUACUGCUUCAGAAGAUUUUAUUGCAGAUAGAUAUUUCUUGCAUAACGCCACCUUAUUGCUUCCAUUUGAAACGUUACAUACCAAGUUUUGUGUUCACUAGCUAGUACAGUUAUUGAUAAAAAUAUUUGCUAUACAAUUAGUAAAUUAGGCUUCUGGAAGUAGUUGCAAGUGUGAGAUAUAUGGAUUAGUAUUUUUCCCCCUUUCCCCCCAAAUUAAGAUAUAGGGAUAGCACUUAGUGCUCUUGAGCACUCAACGGGGAAAAAAGGUAUAGCCUUAAUAGUUUUAAGUUAUCAUAUGCCAGGCAUGUGCCUUUUAUAGCGAUUUGUGAUCAAAUUGAGUAGAGGUGCAUAAUAGACUAAGAGAAUUUUAUGCUCCUGUUUUUAGAAAAAAAUUAAGGCUAUUGGCAUAAAAAUAUAAACUAUGUGAUACUUGACCUAACAACCACCUAUUAGCAUUUGUUGGACUUCAUUCCUUCUGACCACAACAAAUGAGCAAAGAAUGUUAUUUCCCAGUAUAAAGUUUAAUUACAGAUGUCUUGUCAUUGGCAAGAUAAAGAUACAUUUCCAGGGUUCUACUUAUAUAGUGUCAAAGUCAUUUUUGUAUAUCCUUAAGAAUUAUGUAUUAAUGCUGGCAAACAGCUAGAAAGGGGGAAGGUAGUGCAGUAGAUGGAUUUAAAUUACACUGUCACUUUUUGGCUUGUUAAUUUCUUAUGUUUGUUUGCCACCUCUGAUUCUUUAAAGCAAAGCACUUCAACCUGGAUUUUUCGAGUUCAUAACAAUUGACAUGAAGUCCUUGGGGAAAAAAGGCUAAGGACCCUCAAAUGCCAACUUUGAUGCUUUCCCCAAAAGGGGAAAGACAUUUUGCACUUCAUGGAAUCCAACUGAUAACUUGAAGGUAAAGUUACGACUGCAACAUCUGGUAUUGCGAGCAAGGCCUAAUUCAUUGUUGGUACACACAAACACAUUCCCUUUUUUUCAAUCUAUAUUUACACAGAAUGCAUAUUGAAAAUAUGCAUUUAAUUAUUUUUUUAAAGAAAACCCUGCAUACUGACUAGCUCUAGGCUAGUUGAGCUGCUUUACCAAUUAUGUAUAAAAUACAUCUUUGGAAAAACUCUAGAAUAAGUUACAUUUGUGAAAAAGAUUGGCAUUUUGAAAUGGUGGUUCAAGAAUUCUCUGCUUCAUAUGAUUAAGCUGUACUUUUGGCAUGAAUUAAAAUGCUGUAAUUCUAAUAAGCUUUGAAUAAAAAGUUGCCUGAGUUUUAAAACUGUU